AGGAGGCCGCCGGAAGCUGGCAGAGUUGGUGCCCAGUUAGGCUAGUGGGCAUCAGGCUGCAGCCAAGCUGGUCCAGGGACUGUGGGCAGGAAGGUCCGCUAGGUGGUUGCCGGAAUGGAGGCCCCUCUGGCAGAGUGUGCUAAGGGUGAACAUUUCCACACUGUCACGCCUCUCCUGGAGAGCUGGGCACUGUCCCAGGUGGCGGGCACGACUGUCUUCCUCAAGUGUGAGAAUGUGCAGCCCGCUGGAUCCUUCAAGAUCAGAGGCAUAGGGCAUUUUUGCCAGGAGGUGGCCAAGAAGGGAUGCAGACAUCUGGUGUGCUCCUCAGGGGGCAACGCCGGCAUCGCUGCUGCUUACUGCGCUCGGAAGCUGGGCAUCCCUGCCACCAUUGUGCUUCCUGAGGGCACUUCCCUGAAGGUGGUGAGGAGGCUGCAGGGGGAGGGCGCCGAGGUUCAGCUGACUGGAAAGGUCUGGGACGAGGCCAACCUGAGGGCACAGGAGUUGGCCAAGAGGGACGGCUGGGUAAACGUCCCCCCGUUCGACCACCCCCUGAUAUGGGAAGGCCACAUCAGCCUGGUGCGGGAGCUGAAGGCAGCACUGGGGACCCCACCAGGGGCCCUGGUGCUGGCGGUGGGGGGCGGGGGGCUCCUGGCUGGGGUGUCAGCAGGCCUGGCAGAGGUGGGCUGGCAGCACGUGCCCAUUGUCGCCAUGGAGACCCAAGGGGCGCACUGUUUCAAUGCGGCCAUCAAAGCGGGCAGGCUGGUCACCCUGCCAAACAUCACCAGCGUGGCCAAGUGCCUGGGUGCCAAGACAGUGGCUGCACGGGCCCUGGAAUGUGCGCAGGAGUUUGAGGUCUUCUCUGAGGUGGUGGACGACGUGGAGGCUGUGAGUGCUGUGCAGCGUUUCCUGGAUGAUGAGCGUAUGCUGGUGGAGCCUGCCUGCGGGGCAGCCUUAGCUGCUGUCUACUCCGGCCUGCUGGGGAGGCUCCAGGCUGAGGGCCGUCUGCGCCCCUCCCUGGCCUCCAUCGUGGUCAUCGUGUGUGGAGGCAACAGCAUUGAUAGCCAAGAGCUGCAGGCUCUGAAAGCCCAGCUGGGCCAGAGCUGAGGUCUCCUGGUCUGGGAAGGCUGUCCGUGCCCUGGAGAUCCCCAAGAGGCUCACAGACACCCCUGUCGCUGGCUGAGGGGCCUCUGUGCUCAUAAGUGGCAGGGGAAGCUGCCCUGUGCUUCUGUGCGGGCCGCCUCCUACAGGAAGCCCCCCUGAACUGCUCCCUUUGGCUCCCCUGCAGCCCUGGCCAAUAAACCCUUUCUGAGUUGA